CCCAUGUUCACAGCCGGAAGGACAGGCCGUGGGAGAUUCAUUUGCGCAUGCGCGUCCCUUUUCCUUCCUUUCCGACGCUCGAGCGAAAGAGACAAGAUGGGCCAUCAGCAGCUCUAUUGGAGUCACCCCAGAAAAUUCGGACAGGGAUCCAGAUCCUGCCGGGUAUGCUCGAACAGACACGGGCUGAUCCGUAAAUACGGACUCAACAUGUGCCGCCAGUGUUUCAGGCAAUACGCUAAAGACAUCGGCUUUGUCAAGCUGGACUAGAUGCACUGCACUGAAGUCUCCUCACCUGGGUGAAGCAGUCUCUAGAGGCAAGGCGGGCCAAGAUGGGAUAAUUCAGUACUGCAAAUAAAUCUGCUUUUUUGUCCAAGCUCA